AUGGAGGCGGCGGGCCUGCUGCUCGGGGCUGGCGUCUGCACCUGCUAUUGCAUUUAUAGGCUGACUUUGGGGCAGUGGCAAGGUGGCCAGGGGCUCUGGCUGUGUCCCUCCUGGUCUGCAAAAUUCUUAACCAAUGGUUCAUAUGAUGAUGUCCUAAAUGCUGAACAACUUCAGAAACUCCUUUAUCUGCUUGAGUUAACUGAGGAUCCUUCGAUCAUUGAAAGAGCUCUGGUCACUCUGGGUAACAAUGCAGCCUUUUCAGCUAACCAGGCUAUUAUUCGUGAAUUGGGUAGUAUUCCACUUGUUGGAAGCAAAAUCAAUGAUCCCAACCACAGUAUUAAAGAGAAGGCUUUAAAUGCACUGAGUAACCUGAGUGUGAAUGUUGAAAAUCAAAUCAAGAUAAAGGUAUACGUCAAUUAAGUCUGUGAGGAUGUCUUCUCUGGUCCCCUGAACUCCCCUGUGCAGUUGGUGGGACUGAGAUUGCUAAUACACAUGACAGUUACCAAUGACCAUCAGCAUAUGUUUACCAAUUACAUUACAGACUUGUUCCAAGUGCUGCUUUCAGGAAAUGGAGCCACCAAGGUUCAAGUUUUAAAAUUGCUGUUGAAUUUGUCUGAAGAUCCAGCCAUGACCAAAGGACUAUUUGGUGCCCAAGUGGAUUCAUCAUUCCUUUCCCUUUAUGAUGGCCACAUGGCAAAGGAGAUUCUUCUUUGAGCACUUACACUAAUUCAGAAUAUAAAUAACUGCUUCAAAAUGGAAGGUCAUUUAGCUAUUCAGUCUACUUUCACUCAAGGUUCAUUGUUUUUCCUGUUAUAUGGAGAAGAAUGUGCCCAGAAAAUGAGAGCAUUAGUUAAUCAUCAUGAUGCAGACGUGAAGGAAAAGGUAACAAUAAUAUCCAAAUUCUAA